AACCGCAACAGCAAAAGUCAAAAAUCAUAAUACCAAUCUUCUAUGUAUGUAUCCCCGUGCAAAACAAAUCGAACUGAAAACCGAAAAUCGAAAAUUCGAAAUCUGAAAAAUCGAACUGAUAUAAAUGAAACUAUAAUAUUGCUGCCCACCAAUCGACCGGCAACCAGGAUUCAAACGGCCGCCGACAUGCGCUAUCUGCACGACCUGAAUGUCCAGAUCUCGCAGAACCGUCGAUCCGUCUCCGUUUCCAAGCAACUGGACAGGGAUCUGUGCAACCAACAUUUCGACACAUUCGAAACGUUCUGGGGCAGACCAGGACAUGGAGCCCGUGGCGACAAGAUCAACAAACUGAAACUGGACAAUCUGCUCUAUGGCGCCAGCGAAUCGGCGUAAGGCCAAGGAUUCUUGGAUAUUCAAGGAUAUUCCCUCACCUUCUGACUGGCUCGUAGUUUGUGCGCUUAAGUCAUCUGCUCAGAAAUCAAUCGAUGCCAAGACCCAUGAAAUCACAUUACUGGAGUAAUUAUUUAUUUAUUACUAUUUUAGGUUCUUCAAGUUCGCAAUUCCAGUAAUAUUAAUAUCAGCCUAUAUGUCAUUUGUACUAUCUCUGUGAAAAUUUUGCCAACUUGCUUCUAGUAAGUUGACCAAAGUUUUG